ACAUUUUUUGAUUAGAUAAUCUUCGAUUCCGAUUUGUAUUUUCGGAUCAGCUCCGCCUACGGUGGGUGACGCGUGAAUGAAAUUGCGAUGUAGGGAAGCUAAGUUUUGGAAUUUAUUAGGAAGGGGUCGUGUUUACGCCUGUUGCUUAACGAAGGAACUUUCCUCCAAAAAAUUGAUCCAUCUUGUUGAAACAUCUCCAAUGGCUCCUCCACCACAUCCCCUCCAUGUAGGCGAUUCAAACCCCCAAAUCCGACAAUUCCUAAGCAACGUUCUCUCACAACGAGGUCCAUUAUCUCCCCCUUACACUGAAGAUGUUAAGUGGUUAAUUCGUCAACAUCUCAUCUCCCUUACUGAAGUUUACCCUUCUCUUCAACCAAAAACAGCUACUUUCAAUCACAACGAUGGUCGUACCAUUAAUCUUCUUCAAGCUGAAGGUACGAUUCCGAUGGUUUAUCAAGGUGUUACUUACAAUAUCCCUGUUGUUAUUUGGCUUAUGGAGUUAUACCCUCGUCAACCUCCUUGUGUUUUUGUUAAUCCUACUCGUGAUAUGAUCAUUAAGCGUCCUCAUCCCUAUGUUACUCCUUCUGGGAUUGUUUCCAUUCCUUAUUUGCAGAAAUGGAUUUACCCUUCUUCUAAUUUGGUUGAUUUAGUUCGUGAUUUGAGUCAUUAUUUUGGUAGAGAUCCACCUCUUUAUUCUCAGCGCAAAUCUGAUUCUAACUCUAAUCAUAAUCUUAAUGUUAAUGCGAACCCUAAUCCUAGUCAUACUAGUCUAAGUGGGAAUUCUAUGAUUUCGUCGAAUACUAGCUAUUCGGGUUCAAUUGCUUCUGGUUCUGUUGCUCAUCAAUCGAUGCCGCCUAGGGUUUUCCCGCCUUCCCCUUAUGUGGGUAGUGGUCGGAGUAUGUCCCCGUCGCCUCAGAGGCAGAAUGGGACAGAUGAUCCAAAUGAGGUUUAUAAGAGGAAUGCUAUUAGUAAGCUUGUUGAGAGUGUACAUAGUGAUGUUGUUGCGUUGAGAAAGACGAGGGAGGCUGAAAUGGAAGGUCUAUUUAGUGCCCAAGCUAUAUUGAGACAGCGGGAGGAACAACUUAACAAGGGUUUGAAAGAGAUGUUCGAUGAAAAGGAGGCGUUAGAACAGCAGUUACAGUUGGUUUUGACUAAUGCUGAUGUAUUGGAAGGGUGGUUGAAGGACAAUGAAGAAAAAAUGUCGAAAAUGGGGAAUCAUAAUGUUGAUGUUGAUGAUGCGUUUGAGCAUUGUGAUACGCUUUCGAAGCAGAUGAUUGAAUCUAGUGCCUCUGAUUUGGCAAUAGAGGAUGUCAUUUAUUCUUUGGAUAAGGCGGUUCAGGAUGGAGUGAUUCCUUUUGAUCAGUACUUGAGGAAUGUGAGGCUGUUGUCUAGAGAACAGUUUUUCCACCGGGCUACUGCUGCAAAAGUUAGGGCUGCUCAGAUGCAAGCUCAUGUUGCUAGUAUGGCUGCUAGAUCAUCACAAUAUGUGAUGUGAGCUGCAAGCUUUAGCAAAUGGAGGCUCUAUUGGCCAGGAUUAUUUGUUGAAUCAACGACUUGGGAGUGGAGUGGAGUGGAGGUUGAGUAGCUUCUAAAACUUGAAAUGCAGUUAUUGUCAAGGUCGUUGAUAUAAUCAAACCUAUUUUGCUUGUUGAACUGAAGAAAUAGGGUAACUGAAUACAAACUUUGAUGUAAAAUUGUUAAUAGCAUUGUAUAUGCUCAUAAAGUGGCUACUGUCUAAUUUUCCAAUGUUGAUGCACUAUGUUCUCCUGUGUGAUCACUUUUAGGCGUGCCUCUUGCUCUGGCUCUGGCUCUGGGAGUAUACGGUUCCAGUUCUUGCCUUCUUGGUAAUGUGUUCUAGGAUUACUUCGUUUUUUAAAUUAUUCGGUUCGAUUUGAUU